AUGUUAUCUGCAUACAGAAUUAUCGUACUUCUUUACGCUUUAACUAAGUUGAUAGAUGCACUUAAGGAUACUCCUUCCCCUUUACAAUUAAAUUUUGAGGUACACAGAGGAGAUUCUGUAAAUGGGAUGUCAAUCCACAAUAAAUUACACUUCGAAAAGAGAGUAGAUGGAGAUGGUAAGGUUAAUAUGGAACUCGUUAACCAUGAUGUGCUGUACACUACUACUUUAAAAGUAGGUUCUAAUGCAGACGAAGUGAGUGUUAUAAUUGAUACCGGAUCUUCUGAUCUUUAUGUCAUUGCUCCAAAUGUAGAUUGUUACUAUUAUUCUUAUUCCUACAGAAAUAAGAGAACACUUAUUGAUAUUCCAACUUACUUCAAAAGGGCUAAUUCUGAAGCGUGUACCUCUUAUGGAUCUUUUGAUUAUAAAAAUUCAACUUCAUUCAAGAAAACUGAAGAUGUGGAAGAAUUUUAUAUUUCAUAUUAUGAUGAUAAAUACUCAGCUGGGUUUUGGGGUUCUGAUAAAAUGCAAGUUGGAGAUGCUAUGCUUGAAACAGCAUAUUUUGCUGUGACGAAUGAAACCAGUAGUAACGUUGGGGUUUUAGGAAUUGGUUUUCGAGGAAGGGAAUCACCUUACUACUAUAGCUAUGAAAACAUCCCCUUGAGAUUGAAAUCUGAAGGAUUCAUUAAGAAAAAUGCAUAUUCACUCUUCUUGAAUUCAGAAAACCAAACUACAGGAUCAGUAUUGUUUGGUGCAGUGGACCACGCUAAGUAUUCAGGACCAUUAACAUCCAUUCCUAUAGUAAAUGCCACUGAAAAAGUCAGUACCUUGCUGUCUCUUCUCUACGGUAUCGACUUUUAUGCGGGAGAUGAAGGUGGUUCAAAUGAUACUUAUUCGAUCUCCACAAAUACAUAUUUAACAUGGUUUGACUCGGGAACAGCAUAUUCAGCCAUGCCACAAAACUUGGUUUACAGAUUUGGAGAGCUGUUAGGAGGUAUACUUCAGGACGAGGGAUACUACGAGGUGCCUUGUCUGAAUUCAGAGGACGUUUACUUUACUUUUGAUUUUGGCGGACCAAAGAUUAAAGUUCCAUUAUCAAGUUUACUCAUCCCUAUUUAUUCUUCAACACAAUGUUACUUAGGCUUGUCUAUGUCGGAGGAUGACUAUAUUGUUCUUGGUGAUAAUGUUUUAAGGUCAAUGUACGUUGUAUAUGAUUUAGAUGAUUUGUCAAUAUCACUUGCUCAAGCAAAGUAUACAGAUGAUUCUGACAUUGAGGAAAUCGGAUCCGAUGGAGGAAUUCCAAGCGCCAUCAAGGCUGCUACUUAUGCAGCACAUUCAUAUGAUUAUACUCACAUUACUGAAUCGACUGUUACUGCAGUUGCUACAUAUGCCACUGGUCUGUUAGACACAUGGGAGAAAGAGGGGAAGGGCUCAUCAGUCCAAGAUAAUUUAUCUAUGAAAUGCUUCACUUUAAUAUUUGGCAUUUUUGGGUACAUUAUUUUAUUCAUAAACUAA